AUGGCGCUUGAUGAUGCCUCGCCGCAGGCAGGUUCCUACCCGGCUCCGAGCUCGCGAGCUAGUCCUCAAGAGACUCCAUCGCUUGGACCGAACCCCGCGAUGGCCAGGAACUUCACACUGCGAUUGAAAUCAGACUUCGUGGUCAGACCGGACUAUUUCACAAUGGCCUUUGGCUUCCUCGGGCGGAGAAACUGGGAGAAACUGGUCGCAUAUACGAUGAUGGAGCGGGUCGAGAACAGCUGGCUUCUCACGGGCCGUGUGCUCACACAGGACGAGCUGGACGCGUUCACGGCUUAUUCAACGCGGACACUGUACUACCGUCGCAUGGGUGUGCCCAUUGCCUCAUUCCUCGGCACAGCCUAUCUCUACAACAAGACACGGAAGGAUUUGAAUCUCCCGUCGAAUACCAGCCCGGCAAAGGUGUUCACCUCGCUGCGCAAUCUCGCCAAGGUCGACAAGGCUGGAUUCCGAUCCAUGAUGGGAGCGUCGGCCUUCAAGAUGCUCUUCCUUACUACGAGCGGUGCGAUCAUGUCUGGAUUUAUUGCGCUUUGGACAGAGACGCAGGGUGUUGUGCAGGAUCCUCGGCUGAGAGGGUUUGUGGAGGACAUGAGAGGUCAAAAGCCCGAGGAUGUCCGGCAGCGCAAGAUCAAAGCGGCUAGUGAACGUGUUCGUGCCAUGCGCAGCGGGGAGCAAGAUAUUGAACCGUACAUUGUUCAGGAAUUGCGACAACCGGGCGCGCAUAUCGAAAGGAGCGAUACCGACUCGUACGCCUAUGAUAGCUCUCCCACCUCAACCUCUGAUGAGGAGAUCCCCUACGGAACUCCCGAAUCCUCGACACAAACCGAUCAACAACGACCUAGUCCCACAACACCCCGCAGGCCAGCCUGGGGCUCUGGCAGUCAAGCAGUUCCUUCAACCGGGUCAACUGCCGAGCCUUCCACAAGUACAGAUUACUUCCUCGGUGGCCCAAGUGACGAUGCAAGCCCCACUGCACCUGAAUACCGGAACACGAACCCCGAUGGCUCGCGUUCCGGUAGUGCAUGGGAUCGUCUUCGUCGACAGACUGGGAGCCAGCCAUCACGAACUCCUCCACCUCAACAGUGGGGCCAACCAAAAACCUCCCCCGAGACAUCGACAUACACCUCGGGGAGCGAAACUGACAUGUACUAUGCCAACAAGGAGCGAGAGCAGAACCAGGCUCAAGCUGAGUUUGACCGGUUACUGGAGGCAGAAAGGCGAGCUUCCAGUGAGUCCUCUCAGGGCCGAGGGUGGUAG